AUGAACGUUUUAUCCUAUCGGUUUUUGAUUUUAGUCACUUUUCAAAUCAUCUUUGGAUAUAAACAUCUGACUGAAUGUCUCACAAAUACGCAACAACCCCUCGAGUUCCCCACUGUGAAAAGUGUGACUCAAAGUGGAAUGGGGUUUACGAGAUGUAUUAAAAAAGAUUGCAAUCGACUGGUGAAUCGUAGAUCUGAUACAAUCAAAAAGCGACAAAACACGAAUCCAACGGAAGCUUCGGCGAAUGUGAAAGACGAAUCAAAGAAAGACCAAAAGCGAUGGUUAGACUCUCAUAAUAAAUACAGAGCAACUUAUAAUGCUAAAGCUCUGGUUUGGAAUGAUUCAGUCACUCCUGCAGCCAAAUCAGAAGUUUCAACUUGUGUGUGGGAACACUCUAGAGGACCUUUUGGAGAGAAUAUUGCAGCUGGUCAACCUGAUCUUGAAGGUGUUGUAUCAGAUUGGGUAAAUGGACCAGGAGAAAAAUCAGAUUAUAAUCCUUCAAAUCCCAAGUUCUCUCAUUUCACUCAGGUGGUAUGGGCAUCAACUGAAUCUAUCUCAUGUGCAAGAAACUCUUGUAAGUCUAUGAAAGGUAUAAAUUUACCUCAAUCACCUAUUCUCUUUUGGGCAUGCGAAUAUUUCCCACCAGGAAAUGUGAUUGGUCAAUUUUCUCAAAAUGUGAAAUCUGGACCAGGUGGAGUACCUCUCAAGUGA